AUGGCGUCAAACGAGGAUCCAUAUCUCAUCCUCCCGGGCUCGUCGGCCUACUCCGACUUCCGUCUCCAGCGCCUAGCCCAGGCCAUUGGCGCAAAGGAAGUGCGCUCGCUCUGGGUGCACUUUGUCAACCCCCUCAAGCAACUGAGCGACGACGAGUUGAAGACGCUGCAGCAGCUUCUCCACUAUGGCGAGUACCCCAGCAGCGACGACCGCCUUUCCCAGGCCCUCCUCGACGCCGUCCACCGCGGCGGCGAAGCUCGCGACGCCAACACGGUCCUCUUCUACGUCUGCCCACGGGCUGGCACCAUAUCGCCAUGGAGCUCCCUCGCCUCCAUGAUUGCGCGCACAUGCACCCUUGAGAAUGCAGUCAAGCGCGUCGAGCGCGGCAUGGUCAUCGCCGCCACCUUCGACCGCACCCUCGAGGCCGACGAGAUCCCCAACCGCGACCACCUCUACGACCGCAUGACGCAGACGAUAAGCCGCACCGCCCCGAACCUCGAUGCCAUCUUUGGCGAGAGCGAGCCGGCCCAGGCGACGACCAUCAAGUUCGACGAGUACAACAGCGCCCACGCCGCCCUGGACCACGCCAACAGGGAGCUGGGCCUGGCUAUGGACAAGUCCGAGAUUGACUAUCUCGUCGAGGCCUACACACAGGAGCUGAAGAGAGGCCCGGUCGACGUCGAAUUGUUCAUGUUCGCCCAGGUCAACUCGGAGCACUGCCGACACAAGCAGUUCAAUGCCGACUUCACCGUCGACGGCAUGCGCAAGUCCAUGUCGCUGUUUGGCAUGAUCCGCAACACCCACCAGAAGCACCCCAACCACGUCGUAAGUGCAUACAGCGACAACGCCGCCGUCUUGAACGGCGAGGAGGCCAGCUUCUGGGCGCCCAACGAUCUCACGGGCGAGUGGCACGGCACCAAAGAGACGGUACACAUCCUCUGCAAGGUCGAGACACACAACCACCCAACCGCUGUUUCACCAUUCCCAGGAGCUGCUACAGGCUCUGGUGGUGAGAUUCGAGAUGAGGGCGCUGUCGGAAGAGGUUCCAAGCCCAAGGCCGGACUGGCAGGCUUCACUGUGUCCGACCUGAACAUCGAGGGCUUUGAGCGCCCAUGGGAGCUGAAAGAUGUUGGAAAGCCUUCGCACAUCGCCAGUGCCCAGGACAUCAUGCUCGAGGCACCCAUCGGCAGCGCCCAGUUCAACAACGAGUUCGGUCGCCCAUGCACCACGGGCUACUUCCGCACCAUGCUUAUGCGCGUCUUCACAAACGAGAAGGAGUCGGAGCUACGAGGAUACCACAAGCCUAUUAUGCUGGCAGGUGGCGUCGGAACGGUCAGGCCGCAGCACGCGCUCAAGGACCCGGACGUUGUACCAGCCGGCUCGCAUCUCCUCGUCAUCGGUGGACCCGCCAUGCUUAUCGGUCUUGGUGGCGGUGCUGCAUCCAGUAUCCAAUCCGGCGAGGGCAAGGUCGACCUCGACUUUGCCAGUGUGCAGCGAGGCAACCCCGAGGUGCAAAGACGUGCGCAAGAAGUCAUCGACGCAUGCCGCUCAAUGGGCGACAAGAACCCCAUCCUCUUCAUUCACGAUGUCGGAGCGGGUGGUCUGUCAAACGCACUUCCCGAGCUCGUCCACGACUCUGGUCUCGGUGCCAUCUUUGAGCUACGCGAGAUUGACAACGUUGACAAGAGCAUGAGCCCACUGCAAAUCUGGUGCUGUGAGGCUCAAGAGCGGUAUGUACUUGCAGUCAGUCCUGAUCAGCUCGACCUGUUCAAGCGCAUCUGCCACCGAGAGCGAUGCGGUUACUCUGUCGUUGGCAAAGCGACCAAAGAGCAGCGUCUGGUGUUGAACGACAGGGACUCCAAGGAGAACCCUACACCCAUCGACCUUCCAAUGGCUACACUGUUUGGAAAGCCACCAAAGAUGUCGCGCAUCGUUGAGAGCCGCAAGCUGAGGCUUCCUGCUUUUGACAGCAGCUUGUCAAUGUACAUUCCUGACACGCCUAAGGAUGGCUUGAUCGCUGAGGCCGUAGACCGAGUUCUCACUCUCCCAGCUGUAGGAUCCAAGUCUUUCCUGAUCACUAUUGGAGACCGAACUGUGGGCGGCCUGACCGCUCGCGAUCAGAUGGUUGGCAAGUGGCAAACCCCGGUGGCUGAUGUAUCGGUAACAGCUACAUCGCUGCUGGCCGGUGUCAAGACUGGUGAGGCUAUGACUAUGGGUGAGAAGCCUACACUGGCGCUCAUCUCCCCAGCAGCAUCCGCCAGGAUGGCUGUAGCGGAAUCUCUGAUGAACAUCGCUGCAGCGAGUCUCUUCGAUAGGCUUGCCAGAGUCCGACUCUCGGCCAAUUGGAUGUCCGCAAGCAGUCAUCCCGGAGAGGGUGCGGCUCUAUACGAGGCUGUUGAGGCCAUCGGCAUGGAUCUUUGCCCUAAACUCGGUAUAUCUAUCCCCGUCGGCAAGGACUCAAUGAGCAUGAAGAUGAAGUGGUCGGACAACGGGGAGGCCAAGGAAGUUACUGCACCCAUGUCGCUCGUCAUUACGGCGUUUGCACCUGUCAACCGCAUUGACCGAACCUGGACGCCCGCCCUGGAAAGAGUCGAAGACGUUGGUGAGACGAUUCUUAUGUUUGUCGACCUAGCAGCGGGCAAGAAGCACAUGGGCGGCUCUGCCUUGGCGCAGACAUUCGGACAGGUUGGCGAUGAAGCGCCUGACGUCUACGACGCCGAUAUCAUCAAAGACUACUUUGACGCUAUCGAACAACUCCAUGACUCUGGAAUCGUCCUCGCCUACCACGACAGGUCUGACGGUGGUCUCUUCACAACCCUCACUGAAAUGGCCUUCGCCGGACGAUGCGGUGUUGAGAUCAUGCUCGAUGGCGUCGCUGCGUCGAGCGAGCCCAAGGACGUCCUGGAAACACUGUUCAACGAAGAGCUCGGAGCUGUCUUCCAGGUCAGAAAGAAGGACGAAGUUGCCUUUAACCGCUGUUUUGCAACUUGCGGACCACCUCCAGGUAUGAUCAAGAAGAUUGGUCGCGUCGCAGAAGCGCCAAAACAAGACGUUUCCUUUUACGUCGGCACUCAAUGCGUUUACCGCAACAGCCGCCAAAAGCUUCAGCAACGCUGGGCAGAGACCUCAUACCGGAUGCAGAAGCUUCGUGACAACCCUGUUUGCGCUGACACCGAAUUCAAGAACAUCCUCGACGACAAGGACCCUGGUCUCUCCUACAACCUCACUUUCAAACCCGCUGAGAACAUCCUACCCUUCAUGUCUAACCUCAAGUCACCCUUCACUGCCAAGCCGCGCGUGGCCAUUCUUCGCGAGGAAGGUGUGAACGGUCAAGCAGAGAUGGCGUUCGCUUUCCAUCAAGCUGGAUUUACUGCCAUUGACGUACACAUGACUGACAUCAUCUCUUCACGAGUCUCACUCGCUGGAUUCGUGGGUCUCGCAGCUUGCGGUGGUUUCUCCUACGGUGAUGUACUCGGCGCAGGUCAAGGUUGGGCGAAGUCUGUCCUCUUGCAUCCCAACACACGCAAAGAGUUCCAGACCUUCUUCAACCGCCCAGACACCUUUGCUCUUGGUGUCUGCAACGGCUGCCAGUUCAUGAGCAAGCUCAAGGAACUCAUUCCUGGUGCGGAGUUAUGGCCAAGCUUCGAGCGCAACGCAUCCGAGCAAUACGAGGCGCGUGUCUGUAUGGUUGAAGUUCUCGAUCCCAAAGGACCCAACACACCACCAUCCGUCUUCUUGCACGGCAUGGCCGGUUCCAAACUUCCCAUUGUCACCGCACACGGCGAGGGACGCGCUCACUUCUCCAACUCGGCUUCUUCUGUCUCCAGCCCACAAACCCUGUACAACGAGAACCUCGUCUCCCUCCGCUAUGUUGACAACUACGGAAAGCAGACCGAGACAUACCCAUACAACCCCAACGGCAGUCCAAUGGGUAUCACCGGUGUGAGGAGUACCGAUGGAAGGGUGUUGGCGCUCAUGCCGCACCCCGAGCGAACCAUCUUGAAGGAGGUGGGUAGCUACAUCCCACGGGAUACCGAAGGAUGGGUUCUGAAAGCUUUGUCUACCGAGUUCAAUCAGGCUCUGAAGCGUGCAUCGCAGCCUCCAGGACUCCCGAGACCCAAAUCAUCCCAGCCGUACUGGCUCAACGAUCCUCCAUAUCCUGAACUUGUCAAUGUGAGUUCGCCUGAAUUACCGCAGACCGCGGAUGUGGCCAUCAUUGGUUCGGGAAUCGCCGGCGCUGCUGUCGCGCGGUCAUUGUUACACGAGAGACGCCGUCGCAACAUUUGUACGAAUGAAAAGGUGAUCGUUUUCGACGCACGACAGCUAUGCAGCGGUGCCACCGCCCGAAACGGCGGCCACAUCAAACCUUCGAUAUAUGAGUCCUUCUCUCGACUCAGCAAGCUCUUCCCAAAGGAUCGUGCUGCUGCAUUGGCGCGUUUCCAAUCUCUACAUAUCGAUUGUUUGAUCGAAUUAUGUCAAAGCGAAGGCAUCAAUGCUGCCGAAGCUCGGAGGGUUGAGACUGUCGACCUUUUCCUUGAUGAGCAAAGUUUCUCCAAAGCCGUCGCCGAUGUUGACGAAUUGAAAAGGUGGUUGCCCGAGAUUGAGAUCGCGGUAUGGAACAGGAAUCAAGCACAUGAGAAAUUCGGCGUCAACAAUAGCGUCGUCGGUGCUUUGUCUUACCAAGCAGGGGCCAUUUGGGCGUACCGGUUUGUUGCAUCUAUUUGGCGUGGCAUUCUGGACGAAUUCUCACAUAGUCUCUCUGUUGAGACGAACACCCCUGUAGAGUCGAUAAGUGUUCCAAAAGAUGCCCCAGAAGGCUUCCCAUACGCUUUGCAGACUACUCGAGGGAAUGUAUUUGUCCGACAUGUAGUACACGCUACCAAUGCCUUCGCUAGUCAGCUCGUCCCAGGACUACGCAGCAAGAUCGUGGGCGCACGAGCCCAUAUGUCUGCUCAACAACCAGGGCAAAGCUUCGCAUAUGCUGAUGGUGUGCACUCCUGGGGUGUUGUUUACGGUGAGGGGUUUGACUACGUCACACAAAGGCCAUCAGCCGCAGGUGAUUCCAAAGGAGAUCUGAUGGUCGGAGGCGGUUUCCUGCGAUCGCUAAAGCAAGGUAUCGAUCAAGUCGGUCGAUAUGACGAUGGCCCUCCGCUCGAUCCUUUGACCACUACACACAUCGCAGGCAUUUUUCCAGCGAUAUUCCAUCCAAAUUGGGGUGUUGGUGCCGAGUUGAAGCAAACCUGGUCUGGGAUCAUCGGCCUGACAGGAGAUUCUCUUCCACUAGUCGGCCGCUUGGAUACAAAAUUAACAGGGCGAGAUACGAGACAACGAAAGCGGACGUCUAGUGAUAAGGACCAGUGUGGAGAGUGGAUUACAGCAGGUUUCUCUGGAGAGGGUAUGGUGUGGGCCUGGCUCUCAGGAGCAGCUCUUGGUAUCAUGAUUGCCGGAAGUGAAGACCAUGAAUUAUCAAAGGUUCCAGGAAGGCCAGGUGGGAAAUUGGCGGAGUGGUUUCCAAAAGAAUUAAUAGUGUCUCAUGAGAGGAUACGCAGUGCUGACGUUAGUAAUUUGGCUAGUCAAUCAUGA